AUGGCGGCCCACCUUCAGAAAGUGCUGGCGGGGGCACUGACUUCGUCAUUGAGCAUGUUGACGCAGACGGUGAGAUCCGCGAAGUGGAACGUGGCGCUGAAAGUAGCUUUCUUUGCAGAUGUCGACGCGGACAGUGAUGAUGAUUUUAAGUACGAGGAGGUGGAGCUGGAGCACAACGAUGAUGAUGAGAGCGACAACGACCGGUCGGAGGACCUCGAGGCGACCAUGCGAAGUCUGCAGAAAGCCAGCAUUGCGGGGAGUACAAAUGGCCUGGCGCCCAGUGGCCCGCUGCCAGCUGGCGUCACUCGGCGGCCAGAGGUUAUUGACGACUUCAUCCGCAACUUUCUGGUCAAGGGGGGCCUAAACAAAACUCUGGAAACGUUCGAGAUGGAGUGGUACCAGCUGUCAUCACCGGCUCAAAGCUCGCUCCAGCAGCAGCCUGUUGCUGACGUGUACGUCCAGAAUCAGCAGUUAGAGGCGCAACUGAGAGCGGUGCAAAAGGAGCUGGACAACACACGGGCCAUCGCAGAGAAAACGCGCGAGUCGUGGGACAAGAUCCGCAAGGAGCGCGACUCGCACCGGAUGCACCACAAGCGAGUCGCGCAGGAGAAGAACAAACUCAUCACCGACAUCAAGCGGCUGAAGGCGCACUACGCGCAGUACGAGCCGACGCUGCGCGAGCUCAAGGCCAAGUACGAGUCGCUGAUGAAGGAGAAGACGCUCACGCGCCUCGAGCGGGACCGCCUGGCGGCCAAGGUGGAGGCACUUGAAGCAAUGAGCAAGUCCGGCGCUCCCUCCUCUGCCCCAAUAAACGACCGCGUCGCAAGCGAUCGCAGCGGCAUAACCCCCAAACCCUCCGCGGCCGCGGCCGCGAAGCGCACGACGACCGCGCUGAAAGGCGACGCGAUCCUGCCACCGAACAACCGGCCGAACCCGCUCGUGGAGCGCCCGGUCGAGCGCGCGCGCGCGAAGGGGUUCAAGCUGGCGAAAACGUUUAAGGGGCACCAUAUGCCCGUUAGCAACCUCCGGAUGCAUCCCAAGAAGCCGAUCGUGGCGACGUCCUCCGACGACGCCACGUGGAAGCUUUGGUCGCUGCCAUCUGGCGAGCUCAUCAUGAGCGGCGACGGGCACAAGGACUGGGUGUCCGGAAUCGAUUUUCACCCCAGCGGAACCAUGCUCGCGUCCUCCUCCGGCGACUGCACCGUCAAGCUGUGGAGCUUCGAGCAGUCCCGGUGUAUUCACACUUUCGGCGACCACACCCAGGCGGUGUGGAACGUGGCGUAUCAUGACACCGGGGACUUCUUGUCCAGCUGCUCGCUCGACCAUUCCGCCCGGUUGUGGGAUCUGUCGAGCAUGAGGUGCCGCCAGACCUUCCGCGGCCACGUGGACAGCGUGAACGAGACCACGUGGCAGCCGUACACGAACGUCCUGUGCACGGCGUCGAGCGACAAGACGGUGUCGCUGUGGGACGCGCGCACAUCGCUCUGCCUGCAAACAUUUUACGGGCACUCCAACUCGUGUAACCACGCGGCGUUUAACCCCAAGGGCGACACGAUCGCGUCCGUGGAUGCGGACGGCGUGGUGAAGUUGUGGGACGUCCGCAUGGUGACGGAGCGGCUGACGAUUAACGUGGGGCCGCAUCCCGCCAACAAGGCCGCGUUCGAUCCGAGCGGCGAAGUGCUGGCGAUUGCUAGCGAAGACGGCAGCAUCAAAUGUUUCCAAGCCCACGACAGCGUGCCCAUCUGCGAGCUCCGGGGCCACGAGGACGCGGUCCAGUGCCUGGUCUUUGACAACGCCGGCAAGUACUUAGUGUCUGGCGGGUCGGAUCACACGUUCCGGCUGUGGAGUUGCUAA